CAAAGACUCUGGUGGACUGUAAGAAAGAUUAGAUUAGAUCUCUACGGACGCUGAGCGAUCAAUGUGCUCGAUCGUGCACGUAAUGCAGCACACUUGUUACUUGCUUUCAUCUGCGCACAGCACACACAGACAUCGACCAUCGGCUUGGACUACUCUUUUAAUCUACUUUCAGCUCUAGCAUAUCGCUGAACAAUGGCUCCGAAAGGAGGAAACGCAAAGAAAGAGUCCGGCAAGGCCAAGAAAGCCGAGAACGAGGCGAAGAAGCAGCAGGCAGCUGAAGCUGACAAGGAGCGCAAGGAGGCAGAGAAGUGGUCAGAUGGCUCUAAGGCAAAGAAGGGUGAGGACAAGGAGGCCAAACGGCUGGCAGAAUUGGCUCGGAAGGCAGAGAUCGCGAGACUCCUAGCAGAGGAAGAGGCUUCCGCGCCGCAGAAGAAGAUUGCACCAAAGGCCGGGGCGAAGAAGGCCGCCAAGGCAGUCAAGCCUGCAGGACCGGGUGCAAUCGCCGCUGGAGGCGUGCUUGGUGCUGAGCCAGGGAAGGAGAAGGAGAAGGAGGCGUCGCCAGAGCCCGAGUCGUUCGCCGCAACCGGCCUUGAUAACGCACUCGAUCUCCUUGAUGUUGUGACGGCGAAGAUGGACAAGGCUAGCGUCGGUCAGCGUGCGGCAGGACUGGAACAGCAUCCGGAGAGGAGGUUCAAAGCAGCGUUUGAAGCUUACAAGGAGCGUGAGCUACCAAUUGCCCGAGCCGAACAUCCGGGAUUGCGUCUACAACAGUACCAUGAACUCCUCUACAAGCAAUUCCAGAAGUCGCCCGAAAACCCCUUCAACCAAGUCACGGUGUCAUUCGAUGCCUCAAAGGAUGAGAAAGUCGAGGCACUCAAGAAGAAGAAUGCCGCAGUCGAGAGCAGGCUCAGGUCACCCUGAUUACCUC